AUGUCCCAGCUCUUUGGCAUUGAUAUCAAGGGCUCAACGGCUGGGCCUUUUUCUACGGUUUCGCGGACGUAUGGCUCCGCGGCGGGCAGUCAGCCGCAAUGGCUAGCAGUCAAAGCAGCGAGUACUCACCGGAGUUCAGCGAAAGAACCUCACGACAUCAUCAAAGAACUCAGGCUACUACGUAGCCUUUCGCACCAGAAUAUUAUUGAGGUGCUUCAUCAUGAACGAUCAAGUCACACACUCGUAUUCAAGAUGCCAUACAUCGCCUUCAGCCUUGUUGAUCUCCUGGCCUCGCCAUUGUGUGCCCCCAAUCCGUCCCCCUUCUCUAGCAUGGCCUUGCUAGAUCCCGAUGCCCCCGCUAUAAAGAAGCACCAAACCGCAUUCAUCAUCCUCACCAAAUCUCUUAUAUUCCAACUCAUCACUGCGUUAGCAUACUUGAAUGCAAAGAAGAUAGCCCACAGAGACAUCAAGCCCUCGAAUGUACUCAUCACUCCGGAGGGUUGCGUCAAGCUCAUCGAUUUCGGUAUUUCGUACCGUAGGGGUGAGCGGGAGUACGAAUACCAAGAUGAUCUCUGGCCGGAGUCCAAGGAUAAGUUAUACUUCGAAGUUUCCACGGGCCCUUACCGUGCACCGGAGCUCCUCUUCGGAGCGCGAUCGUACGAUCUUCAUGCGGUCGAUCUCUGGAGCCUCGGUGCUUCUAUCGUCGAAUUCUUCACACCACUGCAACUCUUCGAAGAGGACGAAGAAGACCCCUCGUUUGCGUUCCCCUCAAGCAACUCGCAACCCUCUGCUACCAACCUCAGCGACGAGAGUGACGAAAGUGAAGAACCCGAACCCAUCCAACCUUUCAUUCUUCCCAGAGCAACGAUAGUCCUCAGCCCCCGGUGUCGCUGGACUCGGCACUCUCUCUUCGAUGCAUCGCGAGGUGAGAUCGGGCUUGCUUGGAGUAUCUUCAAGAUCCGUGGAACACCCACUGAAGAGUCAUGGCCUGGCUUCAAGCAUCUGCCAGAUGCGCAGCGGGUUACAUUCAUCGAGACGCCACGCGUGCAGCUGAAGAGGUUCUUGCCGAAUUUACCUCCCCCUCCCCAAGAAGAGGUCGUGGACGUGGAGAUUGAGGACUAUGACGACGAAUAUGAAGAGUCAGACUCGGAAACAGAUGUCGACGAUGACGGAGGGGAUACACCACUGAAUCUCAUCGAGUCGCUACUGGCCUACCCGCCAUCUGGUCGGUUGACUGCGUCAGAAGCACUUUGUCAUCUAUGGUUCACUGUCUCUCCACCAAUCCUCUUUCCUCUUGGCUAUUCUGCACACACCUCAGGCAUACUCACCUCCAGGGAUUGGGAAGGAAAUCACCUCAGCCAUUUCCUACGGAAGGCGCUUGGCCCGGCUGCUAACCUAGCCCCCAAAUGUGGUUGA